UAUUGAAUAACUGUUAAAUAACGUAUGGCUAAUAUAUAACGAGCACUUAGAUUAACACCAGUUAAAAUAAAAUAGGCCGUUUUUAUCUUUGAGAGCCUGGCACGAACGACAACUCUGGUGACCAGUCAUACCCGUCUCAAAUUACUUGCCCAUAAGUGUCAAUAUCAAACAUACCAAUAGCAUAAUAUUAUAGGCUCAAUUUCUACGGAUGUCUCAAGAAUCGUCAUCAAAUGUACAGGAUGGUGUACAGCAAAGCAAAGACUGCUCCAGAGAUGACAAAACAGCCUUGUACAUUCCAAAAUACAACUGGGAAUGCAUAACAGAUGUGUUCGUUGAGGCUUGUAAAGAUUUGGAACUGGGAGAGUUAUUGCAUGAUUCAACGUUUGGCCUGUUUGAGGCGAUGUCUGCAAUUGAGAUGAUGGAUGAGAAAAUGGAUGCAGGCAUGAUGUGCAAUCAGACCAAGAGACCUGUGCUAGAUCUUCAUACCUCUGUGGAUACUGGCUUGGUGAAAGUGACAGGACUAACAUACCCUGAGCUGAUUGGGAUUAUGGAUUCUUCCCUGUCAUGUAUGGUGACCUGGUUAGAGGGUCAUUCUCUGGCUCAGACAGUGUUUACGAACCUGUACCUGCACGACCCUCACAAGGUUGAAGACAAGCCACUGCGCACAUUCUGCCUGUGUAUGCUCAAGAUUGUGGACCUUCUUCGAGACCGGAUAAAUAAGGCCGGUGUUUAUGAAGAGGAGGAUUUUCAGCCGUUGACAUAUGGGUUCAAGAUGGGGGGAGACGUGACAGAUGUCAAGGUGAUCAGUACGAUGAAGGAGGUAGAGGAGGAUCUCAACAGAGCACUCAGGCAUUUGAAAGGGCAGGUCCAGGAAGGAAACGCAGAGUCAACCAUUGAGUACCAGCAAUGUGGUGCAGUUUGUACCAGAGUGAAGUUCUUCAAGGGUUUGCUGUCCAUGCUGGUUGCUUUGAGCAAAGACAAAUGUGAAGGUGUUCCCCAAGCAAAGAAGCUGAUUAGUCAGAUACUGGAGUUCAUUGAACCAAUCAGAUCAACGAUUAGUCUGGGAAUAGUUCCUGAGGACAGGGAGAUUACCAAAAAUGACUACCCCACAAUCAUGGGAUUUGACCCACUGAUCAACCAGCGCCUGUUGCCACCCACAUUUCCCCGCUAUACUGUGAUCCACACUCGGGAAGACGCCAUCAGUUAUGUGAAGAAACUUCUGCAUAGGAUAGACACCGCUACAGCUGUGCUUAACGCCAGCAACAUUCAGGAAGUGUUUGAGGUUUUCAGAGAGUUCAGUGACACGUCACCUUGUGUAGUGUCCAGGUCCAUUCUACAGCUGAUGUUCCUGCCUCCAAGUCGCAAGGUGUUUGGUGUCCACACACUAACAGACUUCCUGAAGGAUUCUGUGAGAGCCUUUGUCAUGCCUCCUGUGCUCUCUCCCAAAGCUCAUACAAGCAUCAGCGUUGAGGUGAAACAGUAUGUGGACUCCCUGAUGACACGGGCUGUGCGGCCUAUUUGUACCGUGCUGCAAGUGCUUGGGCAUAACCGCGCCAGGCAGCGAGACAAGUGGGCGCACCUGCUGGAUGACCUGGUUACUUUACAGGACGAGGCAGAUAAGGUGGACGGUUACCUGCACCAGGUGCAGAUGAAGGCGGACCCCUCCCAUCAGCUGGGCUCCAGCUUUGGCACCUGGGUCCUCUACUACACCAUACACGUCAUGCUGGCAUACACACUGUCAGGCUUUGAGUUGGAGCUGUAUGCCCCGUAUGAGUACCACUAUGUGUACUGGUACCUGUACGAGCUCUUGUAUUCCUGGAUGUACUCUACUAUUCAAAGGGCAGAGUCCUUCGUCAUUGAGCAUGAGGCGUAUAUAGGUGAGUGGUACAAUAACAUGAGUUGA